UGGGUGGAUGCCCCGGUCGGCCCUGUGCAGGACUCUCUCUCUCCGAUGGAUCACUCGUUCUACCUGUGCGCGCUGCUCCUGCUCGCGCUCUCAUUGGAGGGCACCAUGUGCCAACACUACUAUCUCCUCCGGCCCAUUCCCAGCGACACUCUGCCCGUUGUGGACCUACGCGAGGACCCGGACCCGGCGCUGGACCCCCGGGAGAAAGACCUAAACGACACGGAGCUCCGGAGCGCGCUGGGCAGCCACUUCGACCCGCGGUGCAUGUCGCUGUCCGCGCCCCCGCCGGAGGAGAGACGCGCUCCCGGGAGCGAGCAUGGAACCGAGGCGGAGCUGCGGCAGAGGCUCCCCGGAGCCAUGCCCAGAGACAUCCGGGACAUGGGGGUCAAGGCCAGCAGGAAGCUGCGCCGGUGGCUGCAGCUGUGGCUGUGGGCGUCCUCCGGCUGCCCGGUGGAGACCGCCUGGAUCGACCUGGGCGGCCGCUUCUGGCCCCGCUACCUGCGCGUGGGCAGCUGCUCCAACAAGCGCUCCUGCUCCAUCCCCGAGGGCAUGACCUGCAAACCGGCCAAAUCCACGUAUUUAACGAUCCUGCGGUGGCGCUGCCUGCAGAGGAAGGGGGGGCUGAAAUGCGCGUGGAUACACGUCCAGUACCCCGUCGUAUCAGAGUGCAGAUGCUCGUGCCCGAACUGA